UGUAAUAUCCCUAUUUGCGGCCUUCCAAAAAAGGCCUCUACACCAUGUCAGCCCCCCCUCGCAUAUUACCUCUACACCUCCCUCAAUGUUCAGCCCCGAAUCUUUCCUUUUCGUAUUUUCGCUUCGCUCACCACCAUGUUGAUAUGCAAUACGGACCCCGCGACCGGCAUAGAAGAGUGUAAAGAGGAUGGCUCUCUGCUGUCUUCAGGUUCCGCAUCACAACCAGAUCCCACAAUUCCACUCAUGAAUCCGCCAUCCCCCAGGCAAACUUCUACAGGUGGAGCAGAUGACCCCGAAAACCAAUGGGGAGCCGGAGCUGGAGGACGAAAUUCAGCGCAAUCAGAUCCCACAGCUAUAACAGCGGAGGGAGGAGCUACAAUCAGUGUCUCUGGGAGCACUGCUCCAAGUACCCAGGCCUCAGUAACGGCGACACCAGGUGCCAGUCAGAAUACCAAUCAUGAGCCUCUGGGCACAAUAUCACCGGUACCAUCACAGUCAGCCUCCACUUUGCCGGCAGUCAAUCAGGGUGUCGCCCCAGGUGCUGUAGCAGGUAUCGCCAUUGCAACUACUAUUCUGGGUGCUGCUCUUGCCUUUGUAGCCGCCUUUUUCAUAUUCAAGCGUCGUCAAACUUCACGAAAGGAAUACAAAGACGCAAGAACAACCACGCCAGAGCUUAUUGCCAGCUUAAAAGGAGAAGGAAACCAUAGAUCGUACAUCAGCAUCUCACAAAGCAUCACGAAACUACCGGGAGUCGCACCUGCAGCAAUCCCGGGUCCGAAGGGGGAUUUUGAUCUGGCCAACCUAGCGAACUCCUCAGAUUUCCUGACUGGCAUCUUGCCCAUGGCGGCAGACGAGAACACCGUGACGAACCGAUGCGCAACCUUGUUCAACCAGAUCCUUCGCCAUGUUGAGACUUAUUACCGAGAUGUGCAUGCCACCAUGACGCCUAGUAUGGAAAGCGAUUUGGCCAGGUUCGGAAGCGAUUCUUUGAACAUGGUAGACAUGCUACAAGAUUCGUCCAUGCCGACUUUUGCCAUCAAGCACGCGCUUUCCGGAUUCAUCAUGAGCAUUGUAUCGCCGGAAGGCGAGGAGCAAGCUACUCUGUUCCCGAGCGAAAUCGCGGGGUUGAAGAAAAGCGAGCGAUUAACAGACACUUCUGAUAACGAAGCAGCUUAUAUCCUCUAUAGAAGACUAGCUGUGCACCUCCACUCUCCCGAACCAGCCACCCUCCACGCACGACAAUCUGACAUCCGUGAGGCCGCGGAGCACUUCGCUCUUACGUUCUUCCCGUGGAUUAACCCUAUGGUUCAGGACCAAGAAAAAGAUCAAGAUCUUAUCAGGAUUAUGACCACCGCUUUAGAACUUAGCAUCUGGCUGUAUGGACAACCAUAUCAAUACGAGUUCAUGUGGGAGGACCCUGGGCUACGCGGAACGGCGAUCACGCCGGGUCUGACAAGGACAACAGAUGGGAGUGGGAGGAAGGUGAUUCCACCACAUGUCCUGUUGGAGCCCAUUGUGGUCGCUCGUCAGUGA